GGAUCGAAUAUCUGAUCCAUUUACAUUUUACACCACUGCAUAAACCGUAAAGCCGCUUAAAAUCAAAGCACACUGUUUAUUUUUCAGCUAGUAAUCAACAUUGUCAAAAUUAUUUUUCUAGAUAUAUUUCCGAAGCCAGCUCUCCGACUUCUUGAAGACAAGUUUUUCUCACUCUUACAGUCAUGUAAGAACCUUAAUCAGCUCAGACGGGUCCAGGUCCAAUUGGUCAUCAGGGGCAUCCAAUUCAAUGACUACAUUGUACCAAAAUUCAUCGGAAAAUGCUCUGAACUGGGAACCAUGUCCUAUGCACGCCAACUGUUUGAUCAGAUGCCUGCCCCAAGUUCAGCACUUUGGAACACAAUGUUUAAAGGUUAUGUUCAGAAUGAUAUGUAUGGAGAGGUUUUGGGUUUCUUUAAUCAAAUGAAUAGGGUGAAUGCAAAGCACACUUGUUUUACAUUUCCUAUGGUUCUGAAAUCUUGUGCUAAGUUGUUAGCAUUGCGCGAAGGCAGGCAAGUGCAUUGUUUUGUAUUGAAGAUUGGGUUUGGAAUGAAUUCAUACGUGGGGACGACAUUGGUUGAUAUGUAUUCGAGUGGGGGUGAAAUUGGUUUAGCUUAUAAAGCAUUUAGUGAAAUGGUUGGGAGGAAUGUUGUUGCUUGGACUUCUAUGGUUAAUGCAUUUCUUUUGUAUGGUGAUAUAGUUUCAGCGAGGCGUCUAUUUGAUUUGGCGCCUGAUAGGGAUAUUGUUUUGUGGAACACUAUGGUUUCGGGGUAUAUUAAAUGUGGCGACAUGGUAGCGGCUAGGGAGCUUUUCGAUUUGAUGCCUAAUAAGGACCUGAUGUCUUGGAAUACCUUGUUGAAUGGCUAUGCAAACAAUGCAGACGUUCAGGGAACUGAAAAAUUAUUUGAGGAGAUGCCUGAGAAAAAUGUUUUCUCUUGGAAUGGAUUGAUUGGUAGUUAUGCUCAUAAUGGACGUUUAACUGAAGUUCUUGGUGCCUUUAAAAGGAUGCUGAGAGAGUCCCAUGUGAGUCCUAAUGACGCGACUCUUGUGAUUGUGUUGUCUGCUUGUUCGAGAUUAGGAGCUCUUGAUAUGGGUAAAUGGGUGCAUGCAUAUGUGGAAAGCAGUGAGUAUAAGGAGAAUGUUUAUGUUGGAAAUGGUCUCAUUGACAUGUAUGCAAAAUGUGGAAUGAUAGAGAGUGCAGUUAAUGUGUUUCGUAAAAUGAGUACAAAAGAUUUGGUCUCUUACAAUACCUUGAUUAAUGGAUUAGCAGUGCACGGUCAUGGGGCAGAUGCCUUGGGAUAUUUUGAUGAGAUGGAGAAUGCGGGAGUAAGGCCUGAUGGAAUCACUUUCGUAGGCAUUUUGUGUGCUUGUUCUCAUUUGGGUGAAGUUGAAAUUGGGCUUCAUUAUUACCAUUUGAUGAUCAAUAGAUACUCGGUUUUACCUCAGAUUGAGCAUUGUGGUUGUAUGGUUGAUCUUUUAGGCCGAGCUGGUCUUCUAGAGCAGGCUGUGAAUUUUAUAAUUAAUAUGCCACUUCAAGCAGAUAGUGUUGUCUGGACCGCCUUACUUGGGGCUUGUCGGAUUUACAAAAACGUCGAAUUGGCUGAAUUGGCACUUGAACAAUUAAUUGAGAUUGAACCAGAAAACCCAUCAAACUAUGUAAUGCUCGCUAAUGUAUAUAGUGAUGCGCGGAGAUGGGAAGAUGUGGCAAGGUCAAAAAUUGCAAUGAGAAAUACCAAGCACAAAAAAGUGCCAGGAUGCAGCUUGAUAGAGCUUGAUCAAGAAGUGGUUGAGUUCUAUUCCUAUGACGAGAGGCAUCCAAAGACUGAAGAACUAUACGAAGCCCUGAGAGGAUUAAUGAAACAGCUAAAGUCUUGUGGUUAUGUUCCAAAAGACAAUACACUUUGGGAAGAACCCAAUGAAGGAAUGAUGCUCCUAGCCUCUCAUUAACAUGAACAAUUAAUACCAGGAUUUUCUGUUGUUUAGAUACAGAUGGAGAUGCCUGCUUAAUUGAAGUAAAGAAGGGAUGAUAUAGAGAGAGAAAGACAUGUGAUAUAGUUUCAGCAAAUUAAGCUUCCUUGUUUAGAUUUUGUGAAUUGGGUUAUUUUAUUAUCAUCUUUCAAAUGGCUCUUUUCAAGUGCUCUGUAGAUGGCGUUAGUGUUGCACGAAUAGAUCAUAUUCUAUCUUUUGACUGUUUUCUGAUCUUCUAGGAAAUGCAUCAAGAUUGUAGAGUCAGAUUUUCAUAUUACUUAGAACCUUGGAAAUUCAAUGAUUAACAUCGUGAUAUUGUCGUUACAAGA